UGGGAACAAUGUGUGUCCAGUGGGAUGCCAGAACUCUGGGUCACGAUGUUAUGCAAGCUGUGGGUGGUAUAUGAACUGGGUCUCUCUGAGAGAGGACAACACACCAGAACUGUCUCUGCGGUCAUCAUGAAGUGGCAAGUGAACGUGGUUCUACCCUGGCUGCUGCUGUUCUAUGUCUCACACAUCCGCUGUCAGCAGCCUGUGAACUGCCAAUGGGGUCCUUUUGGAGAGUGGUCAGAAUGUGAUGGCUGCUAUAGCACACAGGUGCGGAGCAGUCCUGUGCAGGUGUACGCCCAGUAUGGAGGUGCACCAUGUUCAGGAGAGCCCAUCCAAAGACAAACAUGUGUUCCCAAGAAAGCAUGUCCCCUGGCCGAAGGCUGUGGAGAAAGGUUCCACUGUGAUUCAGGCCAGUGCGUGAGUCCCUCCCUGCUGUGCAACGGGGACCAGGACUGUGAGGACGCCUCCGAUGAGAGGACAUGCCACGCCAACAUCACCCUUGAGGUGUGCGACCUCGACCAGACUCCGCCCAGUGCUGACAUCACUGGCAGAGGCUACGACCUGCUGUCAGGCCAGCUCAGGGCUCCAGUCAUCAACACGCUCAGCUUUGGGGGCCAGUGCAGGAAGGUGUUCAGCGGAGACAGUCAGACCAUCUACAGGCUGCCUCUCAAUCUCAUCAAAUACAACUUCCAGGUGCAGGUAGACCAUGACUUCUCCGAGGAGUCGUACGAGAGCUCAUGGUCCUACAUGCAACACCUCCAGAACGAUGCCUUUUGGGGACAUGACUGUUGCACCUUCCUCAACGAGCUGGACACGGACAAGUCCAACAAACUAAUCAUCCUGAGGAACUCGGUGGAGUUAGCCCAGUUCCAGAACUCGGCCCCCCAGUACCUGAACCUGGCAGAGGGGUUCUGGAAGGCCCUGGCCUCCCUGCCGCUCACCUACGACUACCCGGCCUACCGUUCACUCCUGCAGACCUACGGGACCCACUACCUCUCAGAGGGGGCCCUGGGGGGCCAGUACCAGGUCCUCCUGGAGUUUGAUAACGAGGCCUUGAAAGAAACCAGGACCACAGAUAGAGAAUACCAGCGAUGUUGGAGGACUGUGAAACGUCGCCUGCUCAGAAAAAAGGUCCAGACCACUUGUGAAAAACUUGUGGAGGCGCUCAAGUCUUCCAGUGCUUAUAGCAACAACAAGCUACGUGUGAAGACCAACGUUCUGGGUGGAGCCACGUCCUUCAGUCCCAGUCUCAGUGUUCUGGAUCUGGAGAACCCAGAAGCCAACGGAGAUCAGUACGACCGAUGGGCUCGGUCUGUCAAGGACUUCCCUGUGCUCAUCAAACCUAAGGUGCUCCCGCUCCACGCGCUGGUGAAGGAGGUGCAGUGUGCGGGGCUGAGGAGGUACCACCUGAGGAGAGCUGAGGAGGACUAUCUGGCCGAGGAGCACCCCUGCCACUGCCCCCCCUGCGCCAACAACGGCCAGCCCGCGCUGACGGGCACCCGGUGCAGCUGUGCCUGCCGGCCUGGCACCUCGGGCCCUGCCUGUCAGACUGGCACUGUUGUGGGAGAGCAGACUGGUGUGAUCCACGGGAGGUGGAGCUGCUGGUCCUCCUGGGGGUCGUGCUCUGGGGGUCAAAGGUCACGGAGCCGUACCUGCACCAACCCGGCCCCCAGAGGAGGGGGUCUUCACUGCGUGGGCUCUGCGAGCGACUUCAAGCCCUGCCAAGACUCAGACCUGCAGCAUCUAGAGAGGAUGGAGCCUCACUGUUUCGGCUUGCCUGUCAACACUCCCAAACAAUGCGGCGCCCCUCCAGUCCUGAGGAAUGGGUUUGUGCUGAACCCCAGAGAUAACUACUUGGUGGGCACAGCCAUCGAGUACUCCUGCAUAGACGGCUACUACAUCAGUGGAGACCGCAUGGCGACCUGCACAAACCAGAGCUGGGACUCUCCUCCCAUGGAAUGCAAACACGCUGCGUGCGGAGUUCCGUCCCUCGAGAGGGAUGUCAUAGGCGUGCCCAUGAAGGCGACCUAUGAGAUGGGGGAGAAGGUGUUCCUGUCCUGCCCCUCAGGGAAGACCCUGGAGGGAGAGAGGGAGGUGAUCUGCAGCUCCAGCCUCCAGUGGUCUCCCUCCCCCUGGAGGGUGACGUGUAGAGAGGUUACAACAGUGGCUAUGACAUCCAUCUCACCCCAGCUGGGCUGUAAACCCUGGGAGAUUCAGAUCGAUGGCGUGUGUGUAUGUAGAAUGCCAAACCAGUGCCAGCCAUCCUUGCUACUGUGUGCCACCCUCCCAGGAGGACGGAGGAGGUCGCUGGGAAUCUGCCAGCUCGGGGCUCUGAGUUGUCUAGGCCGCAGUUUCACGCUUGCCAAUGACAGCGAUUGUGAUUGGCCAAAUAGGGAGUUCACUUCCUGCCAAAACUGCCAAUCAGGGGAGACGUGCGAUGCAUCGGCAACCAAGUGUGUCUGUCAGGAUCCUGCAAAGUGCUCGGCAGACUCCAACCACCUCUGCGUCCGUUUGGGAGAUGGCGGCGUUGCCGUGACAAUGACGGAGUGCGAGGCGGGCGCCCGGAGGUGUAGGGCGGAGCUGAUCACUGUGGUCGGCAUCGAGGCCUGUCCACCAUGACAGGAAUCGAAUUUACUGCUAAGUGAGUUAACAAUGCUAAUGUUUGUGUAGCAGGCGCAUUUAUGCAAAGCGACGUUCAUGAGGGGAUUUGAACCGACCUUCUUCCCCCAUGGUCCUCUAAUGCUAACUUCAUAGACUGAGAAAGUGAAACAAGCUCUGGGUGACAUGCCUGUGUCAAACUGUAGCUCUCAUGGUGCAAGAUGUGAUGUCUUAUCCUAGUUCAUUUUAUAUUAACAUGCUGUAUAUAGUUUUUGCUAUUUGAAUAACUUAAAAAAGUGAAGAUAAUAAAAAAGUAAAUAAGAAAA